GUGGUGGCCCGGCCCGGUAUCCGGGUAAGAUGGCCGCAGUCGGAGAGUGCUCGCUCCCCGCUCCGUGGCGGCCGGUCUCCCUCACUCACGUCGAGUAUCCCGCAGGUGAUUUCUCUGGUCAGCUUUUAGCUUAUUUGAGUCUUGGUCCAAUAUUCAUUAUUGUUGGCUUUGUAACGCUCAUCAUAUUCAAGAGAGAGCUUCACACGAUCUCUUUCUUGGGAGGGCUGGCUUUCAACGAGGGAGUGAACUGGUUAAUAAAAAAUGUUAUCCGGGAGCCACGGCCCUGUGAAGAAGCCCAUUCAACAGUGACCACAAAAUAUGGGAUGCCGUCCAGCCACUCCCAGUUCAUGUGGUUUUUCUCUGUCUAUUCAUUUCUGUUCCUUUAUUUAAGAAUGCACCAAACAAACAAUGCGAGGUUUCUGGAUUUACUAUGGCGACAUGUGCUGUCCAUCUGCCUCGUGACAGUGGCUUUGCUAGUCUCAUAUAGUAGGGUUUAUUUGCUCUACCACACCUGGAGCCAAGUCUUAUAUGGAGGUGUGGCAGGAAGCGUUAUGGCCAUAGCCUGGUUUGCCUUCACACAAGAGAUACUAACUCCUCUCUUCCCAAGGAUAGCUGCAUGGCCCAUUUCAGAGUUCUUUUUAAUCCGAGACACCAGCCUCAUUCCUAACAUCCUGUGGUUUGAAUAUACAGUCACAAGAGCAGAAGCAAGAAACAGACAGCGCAAGCUGGGUACGAAGCUCCAGUGACUCAGGAGGCGUGGGGACCAGAGUGUGCGUUUUAACAGAGACAGACAAGAGCAGAGACCUGGGAGCAGCAAGGAGCCUUUAAACAGACGGACCAAAGGAACAGGCAGGGACCAUACCCAAAACCUGAAAGCCUUUGCUCUGCUUUAGCAGCUAGCUGGAUGCUCCCUGAUGCAUGUGGGACCGUGCAGGAGUAGAAACUCAUUUUCAACACAGAUGCACAUUGCCGGUUGGAAUGUACCAUCAUGUCUACGUCAGGGGAAGGGGGAGAAAAUGCCUGGUGUCAUGUUUGGGGGAGGGAAAACCAAAAAUGAAUCAUUUCUGUGACUUUUUUCUUUUUUUUUUCUUUAGCAUGAAAUAUACACACUAUUUAUUUAUUUUUUUUAAAUGGAGCUAUUGUUUUUGGGGUGGGUGAGGCCUUGUGUGUUUUGUUUCGCUUUUCUGUUUGGGGUUUUUCAUUUUGGAAGAAGAUGACAAAACUAAUCUCCAGUUAAUCGUGGUUAAUUAGGGCUUCUAGUUUUUAAAAAUGUCUCAGGAGGGAGGGGAACUGAGAUGGUGUGACCGAGGUAGAAGGGAGAGGAAGGUUUCUUCCCUUUCUACAACCAGCCUGGGUGAUCAAAAUCAAUUCCAACUGCACUUUGUACAGGUAGAAAGUACUAAAGAUUUGUUUUUUUUUUUUUUUUUAAACACUAGUGAUGAUUCUGUGGGGAAGCCUGCACGGAUUCCGUUAAGGGGAGUGUGUGUGUGUAAAACAAAGGAAAACUGAAAUACACUGAUAUUAUUAUUUUUUUUCCA